AUGGCAGUCAGACGCUUCGCGCUUCCUCCCGGUCUUUACUACAUCAAGACCACGGACGGCACUGGCCGCAACGUCGUCAGCCCCGGCGCCGACAACCAACAGCUCUUCGUAGGCACCCCGUCGCCUGACCCAUCCCAGCAGUGGUUGAUCUCCGGGGAUGGCACUAUGCGGGCCAUGAACGUCACCUCUGGAAGAUUCUCUCUGGCCAACUUGAAUUUGGCCUUGGUCCCUCAGGCUGUUAUUCGCAGCACCAGCAGCGUCCAGUGGAGCAUAAACGUCGAAUGGGACGAUGCGAGCAACUCCUACCUGGGGCCGAUCAUGGCCAACGACUCCUCCAAGCGUCGUUUUGCGCUCAACGGGAACAACAUUGAGCUUGCUGCUGCGUCGUCGAACCAGGAGUGGAACUUCGUUCCAGUUAAGUAG